AUGUCACAAACACACCUAUUGAACUCAGUAAUCAACCAAUUGCAUGAGAUAAGUGGUAACUCGUCAUACAAGUACAUGCUCAUCACACAAGACGAUUCACAACCAAAUACCGAAUUGACAUUCCAUUAUUCGCCUCAUUUCAAUAUGGGACAAAUUGAAGAGUUGAAAUUGUUGCUCGGCAGAUCAUCAUUGACAACGAUAAAGCCAACCUUGGCCAACAGUUUUCCGGUAACUUUAAUAAAGAACCAAUCGCCACAUGCGUUGUUGAACCAAUAUCGAAACUUGUUCAACUCAUUGUCGCAAUACGUAUGCAAAGACAUUGCGAAAGCGUGGAUCAAGAUUCUUGAACCCAAUAAACAAGCAUUGUUUCCCUACCGCGAUUACAACAAGCUGAAACCGGACUGGUGGCCGAAGAAGGUCAACCAUAUAGAGCCUGACCAUUUGGACAAGUUUGGUCGUGUUGAAGUAUUGAUCAAUGUCUUGAGACAUCCAUCGUUUGAUUUGAAAAAAAUUGAUUUGAAAUUGUAUCAGGAGAAACCAGUGUUGCUUUCAUUGCUCAAGGAGAUUUGUUAUUUGGCAAUGUAUGAACGCAUGUUUUAUAACUUGUUGCGUGACAGGGAUGAAUUGUUUUAUUUGAUUCCUCAACAUGAACGUGCGUUGCUUGAUUUGCAUCAGAUUCGAAUCAUGACUAGUGAGUUGAAACACCCAUACAAGCCCAACGAAGUGGUUAUGGCUAGCAAGAUCACUGGUAGAGAGUUGGGGGAAAGGGUUUAUGCAUUGAAUGAGACAAAUGAGGAUGAGGAUGAGGAUGAGGGGGAAGGGGAGGAGGAGGAAGAUCAGGUGGAAUCCGACAGCAAAUGUAGUGACGAGAAAAGGACAUUGGUUGUUAUGUUGAGGCAUAGACGUGUUGGAAAAGUUGAGAAACCAAGGGGUAGAAGAAAGCAAAUGUGGGCUGCAAACAAGAAGGGGGUUUCGGAGUUGGAAGAAGAGAUAAAGAGCCUGAGGGGAAGGGUAAGGAAGACUGACGAGAAGGAACCUUUAAAAGUAGUUGAUGGUGCAUAUUCCACUACCAAAUCAAAGCACUUAAAAACGUCAACGCAAAUGCAAGAAGUUGAAGCUGUCAAGGUGGACAAUGCUGGAGAGGACAAGAAUGCUGCUGAGCACCCAGAUAUGGAAUUUACCACUGCUGGACCAGGGCUAGUUUCAACAACUAAAGAGACCACCACAGGUGGUGAAAGUGGUGAGGACGCAAAACUUGGAUCACCAUUCAGCUAUAGCUAUAACCCAGAAGAGGGUGAAACUGCGGAUGCUGAUAUGAAUGAUGUAACAGAUGAGGAGAGUGAUGAUGAAGAGGCAGUUGCUGGCUCUUCUCUGGUUUUGAAGGAAAAGGAGAACACUUGCAACUGUGAAUCUCACCAUGUUCCUAUGUGGAAAACACCCGAGCUUGACUCAUCUAGCAAUUUUGAUCUCAAAACGGACUACAGCCCCACCAGAAGUCUAAACGAGUAUCAGUAUCCCCUCACGCCAGCAUCAAAUGGCAACAACGAGCAAAUUCAACAAAGAAGAAAACGCCGCUCACUUAAAUCCUUAAAUAGCAGCAGCAACGUCAGCUCCCGGUUUGACAAGUACCAAGCAAAUUACUCGACGCCUUGCAAUAAUAUCAUAAUUCAAGCCAAUUGUCCAUCGGCACCACAUCACAAUUUGAACUUAUCUGCUGAUCACAUAAAACAGGAUUUCCUUGAUUUCAACAGGUAUCCAUUGCCGUUCUCUGUCGGAAAUGGGACAUAUGGUGUUGAAGAAUAUGAAAACAACGUGAUCGGAAUUAUGUGUCAGAUCGGAUCGAGCGUCGCGUCGUCAAUGGGUGCUCCUCAUCGUGGUGAUGUUUACGACAACGAUGAUGAUGUUGUUGUUGUUGUUGAUAAUGGAUACAAAGAGGGUGUAGAAUUCGAGUCUGAUUUGACUGAUUAUGUGUCUGAUCACUCUAGUUGCGACGAAAGCUUGCUUGAUAAAAGUGACGAUACUGAUUAUGAUGUAAUUGAUCACUGUGAUUUGAAGAGCGAGUGCGAUGAGGAAGAGGAGGAAGAAGAGGAAGAAGAGGAAGAAGAGGAAGAAGAGGAAGCUGAUGGUGAUGGGGAUGUUUCGUUUACGAAGGGACUUGAAAAUGGCUUUUUGGAACAUGGAGUAGAGUAUCCUGGUGAUGGUGCAACUGCUUAUUGUUUAAGCUCGAAUUUGGACUUACAUAUUUGA